CAUAGGGCCACAUGUAUCCAUCCACCUUUCUUUCAAUCCACCCAGCAUGUGUUGGGUGGGAACCUUGAACCGUCCAUCACAGAGCAACACAAUCAGACAUUUCCACCUUGGUGUGUGCUCGGGACGUUUACAGUUCAUCUUAUCUGCAAGUCUUUGGACUGAGAGAGAGAACAGCAGCAACUGGAGGAAACCCGUUGAUAGAGGACAUGCAAACCACACACAACAUCUAGAGGGAGAUAGUGUCUACAGGAGCGGUGUGGGUGUCUCUGACACAAAGACAGAGACAUGGCAGGGGACCUCGUGGUCGGGAUGCUCUAUAACUUAUUACUACCGCUGCUCCUGCUGACUGCGUCUUCGUUCCGCUACAACGGCCUGUCAGUGGUGUAUUUCCUGUUUUUGCUCUCUUUGCCGCUGAUGCCGAACCCCAGCCUGGUCACCAUGAAAGGUAAAACAGGUAAUUUCUUGCGGAGGAUCAUCUACACUAGUUUGACCUUCCUGACCCUGCAGUGCUUCAUGCAGAUCCCCUUCGCCUACAUCCCCCCACAUGUUAGCGGCCACUGGGAAGAUGUCCUCUACCAUUUGGGCAUUAUAAGAUUCAGCUCGGUUGACCCUGGGAACAUUGUGCGUCUCCUGGCCCCAGAUGUGGGCCUCCUCUUCUCCUCCCUCUUUGUACUAAGGUUGUGCAAAAAACUACUGCGCCCCGUUCCACAAGUCAGUAUGCAUGAGAAUGGAGUACCGCCGCCUGACGCAGAGGAAGAGGAAACAUCUGAAACAGACUCUGAGGGAGGAAGUGACACAGAGGGCUCGUACUUUGACAGCUCAGAUGAGACCUCAGUGCGGGUUCAGUCGGCUCCGCCCCAGUUUGUCCAGAAAAUGAUCAUUUUUGCAGCCGGACUGCGGCUGCUGCUGGCAGCAAUCAUGAACACAGCAGGGAAAGUGGUGGCGACUUUACUGCUUGGGCUGGCAGGUAUCACGCUGCCAUCCCUCACCUCAGGUGUGUAUUUCGGGGUGUUUCUCUGGCUAGUUUGGUGGUGGGUGUUUAGCCGCUCCAUCAGCCUGCUACUCUUCAGCUCCCUGUGCGUGAUGAUGGCAAUCUUCAGUGGCGGACACCUGCUGGCUCUGUACCUGUACCAGCUUCCUCUGUCCCAGCAGCUUGUGCCACCAGAAGACAUCUAUGCAAGGUUGUUUGGUAUGACAGGAGUGGUCAGAACCAACAGUUCAGACCCGCACAUUCUUGGUCUGCACCCACAUGUCAGCUGGCCGGACUUCAUCAACCCUUUGGUUCUACUGCUGCUCUACUACACACUUGUGGCUCUGCUGCACAAAUGGGCCCACGUCACAGAGGAGGUUACUGUUGAUGAUGAAGAGUGUGAGAGUCCAGUAGAAAGUCCAGAGAUUCCUCCAAGCUUCUCCAGGGUCAUCUACAUCUCAGGAGACAUUCAGGAGCUUUUGAGCAGCACGGAUGAUGAAAUCGAUUUACCGGUUUUAUUGACUGGCAGUUCCUGGCAAGAUGUCCAUGGAAAUGACCAUGGCUCUCUGUUAGGAGGGGCAGGGUAUACCAACUGUUACCCUCCACCACAGUAUGAAGUCAAACACUCACCAUCACAUGAUACAGAAGGUGAGGGAGAAAUGGGAGAACAUUGUGAAGAGACUCUAACAGAGACCUCCCCUCCCCCCACAGGCCCCAGUGGCCUGGUAAUCUUUGGACUGCUGGUGCAAAAACACAGCUAUGUCAGCGCCCUUAUCAUCAUGAUGGUGUGGAGUAUCACCUACAACAGCUGGCUGACUUUCGCCCUGCUGGUGUGGUCCUGUAUAAUUUGGAUGAUGCGAGACCGGCGCCGCUACGCCAUGCUGUCCGCCCCGUUCCUGGCUGUGUACGGCACCGUGCUGCUGGCGCUGGGCUUCCUAAGCGGGCUGCGUCUGAGUCGGGCCGAGCUGUAUCCCGGUCUGCCCCCGGCGGUGAUUAUGGACUUCGACCUGAGCAGCUAUCACCCUGCGCCCUGUGUCCACCUGGGAGCCAAGGUCUUCUACAGCUUCAGCUUUUGGUUGAUGUUUCGUCAGCAGCUCAAGGAGAGACAGGAGGAACAGACCUUAAAAGAGGAAUCUCUAGAUGAAGUCAAAGUCCUGCCACCGGAGGAGAGUCCACCAUCCCCUUUGGCAGCGAUGCUGAUCUCAGGAGUGAAAGGGAUGCUGGUGAAAUACUGGAUGCUCUUCUGCUGCUCCAUGUUCUUCAUGGUCAGCUUCUCUGGAAAGGUGGUCGUCUACAAGAUCCUCUACAUUGUCCUCUUCCUCUUCUGUGUUGUCCUCUAUCAGAUCCGUUACGACGUGUGGCGUCGGGUCCUGAAGACGUUCUGGGCGGUGGUGGUCGGUUACUCCAUGGUGGUGUUGAUAGCCAUCUACAUGUACCAGUUCAGAAGUGUGUCUGGGCUGUUCAGACAGAUUAUGGGCAUGUCGGAGGAAGGUCUUCGUGACCUGGGUUUGGAACGGUACGACACAGUGGAGCUGUUUGCGCGCAUCCUGCUUCCUGCUGUGUUUCUAUUGGCUUGUAUCCUCCAGCUGCACUACUUCAACUCAGACUUUCUGACUCUCACUGAUCUCGACAACGUACCUGUUAGACAGGCCUCCAGAGAAGAAGAGCUCAGGAGUUCAGUCAAUGUGAUUUCUGAGACCAUUAAAGAAAACAUUGAAAAGAUUCAUAAAAGACUUGUGAAGGAGCAAAUUGGAGAUGGGAAAAGUCAGGAGACUCUGGACAGCGUUGGACUACAAACCUGCUCAGAGAAAGAAGCUGGAGAGAUGGAGGAGACAACAGAGGAGGAAACUCUUGCCAGCAGUUGUGAGGACAAGUGGGUUGUGAUUGUGGAGCGGUCGAGCCUGCUGCUCAUUCAGGCUCUGUCAGGCCUCUACAGGCUUCAGGAGCAGAGCUGGAGGCUGCUGGAACUCCACAGCCUCAAAAUCGUGUCCUCCGGCAUCAUCUGGGUGUCACUGCAAGAGGUCUCUCUGAUGAACUCGCUCUUCCUGGUUCUGUGGGUGUUUGCGCUUCCGUUCCCACGGUUACGACCGACGGCGUCCAGCGUUUCUGCUGUGUGGGCCUGCGUCAUGGUGGUGUGCAAGAUGUUUUACCAGCUCAAAGUCAUCAAACCCCUUGAUUACUCCUCCAACUGCACCGCUGGUCUGGUGCCGUCCAACAGCUCGGGGCUGGAUGAUGGAGCGGAACUGAGGGGGAACAUGAUGGAGCUGCUCAGGAGGUCUAUUCUCUACAUCGAGCCCGUAGACCCCGUCUACUGGUGUGGAGCGCUGCUUAAAUGUGAAGGCAGGAUCCUCCCCUGUCUCAGGAACCAUCUGAUGGUGCUCGGGCUGCUGGCGUUUGAGGCGACCGUCCAUCGGCAUCAGCUCUACUUCCGUCUCCAUAACGACCUAAAGUCCCCACCCUUCAGCAUCAUCUUUCAGGGCAUCACGAGGCAGCACCUGGAUCACGGCGUCCUGCCGUGCAUCAAGUACUUCAUCAACUUCUGCUUCUACAAAUUUGGACUGGAGAUCAGUUUAAUCGUGGCAGUCAACGUGAUCGGUCAGAGGAUGGAUUUCUAUGCCCUCCUCCAUUCCUGCGCCUUGUUGGCGGUUCUGUCACGGCGACGCAGGAAGGCCAUCGGGGAGGUGUGGCCUAAAUACUGCUGCUUUACUGCAGUGCUCAUGGUGCUGCAGUACCUGCUCUGCGUUGGCAUCCCUCCUGCUCUUUGUGUUGAUUACCCCUGGAGAUCUGCAGUACAACCUUUGACCUCUAAUAUUAUUAAGUGGUUUUACCUGCCCGACUUCGCCAUGAGACCCAAUCCUUCUUUCAUAUUCUAUGACCACCUCCUGUUACUCUGCUCGUCUCUGCAGUGGCUGGUGUUUGAGGAGGAGAACCGUGCAGUGGUGCGGCUGAUUGCUGGAGACAACGUUGAGAUCAGCCGCAGUCUGGAUCCUUGUUCCUUCAACCAGUUCAUACCCGUAGAUAACUUCCUUCACUGCAGGUGCUACCUCGACAUGGUGAAGGUGUUUGUGUUCAGCUACUUCUUCUGGCUGGUGCUGUGCCUCAUCUUCAUCACCGGCACCACGCGGAUCAACAUCUUCUGCCUGGGCUACCUGGUGGCCUGUUUCUACUUCAUGUUGUUUGGAGGCAGCGUGUUGAUGCAGCCUGUCAGAUACAUCCUGCGACUGUGGGACUGGCUCAUCGGAUACACCUGCUUUGUGAUUGCCAUGAAGAACCUGCUGUCGCUCGGUUCUUGUGCCUACCUGGACAGCCUGUUGAAGAACGGCUGCUGGUUGAUUCAGGCAUUCAGCAUGUUCUGCACCAUCAAAGACUACGACGUCCCUGCUCCUGACGAUGAGUGCGAGCUGCCUGAGGGUGAGGCCGGCAUCGUCUGGGAUGCGAUCUGUUUCACUGUCCUCCUGGCACAGAGGAGGGUCUUCCUCAGCUACUACUUCCUGUACGUGGUGUCUGACCUCAAGUCGUCUAAGAUAUUGGCCUCCAGGGGCGCUGAGCUGUUUGAGGCCAGAGUGAAGAAGCAGAUAGCAGUCAGACUGGAGAUGGAGAAGAAAUCUGUGGAGACACUGAAGAAACAGAUGGAGAAGAUCAAAUCUAAAGAGAAGAGUGGUCCUAAAGCAGCACACAAGCCAGCUCUCCCUGCUGAUCAGGAGCAGGAGGCACUGCGUAACACAAGUGAUGAUGAGAAGGCAAAGAAAGAUGCCGGAAAAUGGUGGAAGCCUUGGGUGUCUCAGCCUGGAGUGGAAAACAACUGUGGCUACCACCUGUUUGAAAGUGACAGUGAGGAGGAAGAGGAGGAAGUUACAGAGAAGAAGGACGAGGUACCAGCACCAAAGAAAUCUGCUUUCCAGUUGGCCUACGACGCCUGGGUUACCAGCUCUAAGUCGACUCUGAAGGACCUGAAAAGGGAGAAGAAAGAAAUAAAGAGAGAAGAGAAGAAGAGAGCAGAGAGAGAGAUGCAGAGACAGCAGGGCAUUGAAAGAACGGACUCCAGUGAGGAUGAACUGGAUGAACACACUGAGGAGGAGGAGGAGGAGGAGGGAGAGGAGGAAAAAGAAAACAUUGUGCAGCGCGUCUUUAACACCUUGAAGUUCCUCUUGGUCUUCAUUAAGUCCCUGCUUGACGACCUUACAGAGGGUCUGAACUCAUUCUGUAAAGAAACCCUGGAAAUCUCCAAAGUGCUGCGCUUCGAGCGUGCGUUACUCAGCCAACAGCAAAAUAAGGGUAAAGAGGUGAGCCAGGAGAGCGUAAAGCAGUUUUAUGAAAGCUGGAUAUCCCGUCAGAACACACUUUCAUCUCAAGAAGACAUCGAGGACUGCCUGCCCCCUCCCUCUCCGACUGAUGUCCCCUCCUCGCGCCAUGCCUAUGCCAAGCUCAAGAACCAAGCCUCCAAAAUGUCCUGGGGCAGCAGCGUUUCCAGCUGCAUGACAGAUGAGACGAUGCUCGGCUCCCGGCAGCCGACCCUGGAAGAGCUGGACGAUCCUCCCGCUGUGUCGCCUGCAGCUGACAAGCUUAGGCGGAGGCUCCUGAAAACAGGCAACAUUGACAUGUCCUCCUUUGAGACUGUCGAACUUUCACCAAGCUGUGAAGCUGACGUCCCACAAAAGAAGGACCACGAACAAGAAGAGGAGUAUGAGGAGGACAUGGAGGGGGAGACGAAACCUGAGCAAGAAGAGACAGAGGAAGAGGAACAACGAGGGGAGGAGUGUGAGGUGGAAAGUGAAGACCUGAAUGACGAAGCGCAAAUGAGAGAAGACAAUGAAUGCGCAGAUUACCCAGAAUGCACAUUGUUGGACAUCGGGGAGAGUGAUGGAGAGAAAAGUCUCGACCUCAUAGAAUCUCUUAAACCCUUGAGUCAGGAAUCGAGGAACCUUACUGCCAGUGAGCUGCUGCUUAACAAUAUCUUUGAAAAUAUUGAGAUCUCAGAGUCCGACAAGUUUUUUUGUACGUUGCCGAGGCCACUGAAGCUGCUGAUUGCCCUUUAUAACACCAUGGUGUCCAAGUCAGAGAUGCUGUGCUAUUUUGUCAUCAUCCUCAACCACAUGGUCACGGCUUCGCUGCUCUCCCUCAUCCUGCCCAUUCUCAUCUUCCUCUGGGCCAUGCUGUCUGUGCCCCGGCCAACCAAACGCUUCUGGAUGACUGCCAUUAUCUACACAGAGCUGACUGUUGUGGUGAAGUACUUUUCCCAGUUUGGUUUCUUCCCCUGGACCACCUCUGCCUACAGAGGCAUCAACGCUGAGCGGCCCUUCGCUCUGCCCAACAUCAUCGGGGUGGAGAAGAAAGACGGCUACGUCCUUUUCGACCUCAUUCAGCUGCUUGCUCUGUUUUUCCACCGCUCUAUUCUCAAGUGCCACGGGCUGUGGGACAACAAAGAGGUCGAGAUGCCAGAUUUCUUCAAGAAGAUGAAGAAGAAAGUCGACAAGAAGAAGAUGGACAGUAAAGACAAAACUCAGCGCCGGCUGAAGUUCUCUUUCCAGGCCUCCACCAACUCCAUAUUCUGUCGAGGAAAGAGAGGCAACUCAGCAGAAUCUGAUGACGUGAAGCCCAAGAAGCAGCACAGCAAGAACAAGAGACAGCAAAGAAACAAGGCCCCGCUGACCAGGAAGCAGAGGAUUAGACAGCUGUUCAAAGAGAGGAUGCUGCACGCCAAAGCUGCCAUCAUAGAAGUUGCCCUUCAUAUUUACUUACCCAUCAGACAGUUCUUCUAUGACAUUAUCCACCCAGACUACAGUCCUGUGUGUGACGUCUAUGCCCUCAUGUUUCUCAUCGAUGUAGUCAACUUCAUCGUCACUAUCUAUGGGUACUCGGCUUUUGGGAAAUAUUCGGCCGUAGCAGACAUCACAGAGUCUCUCUCAGAGGACCAGGUCCCAGAGGCCUUCCUGGUCAUGCUGCUCAUGCAAUUCGGCACCAUGAUAGUGGACCGGGCUCUCUACCUGAAGAAGUCCCUGCUGGGAAAGUGUGUUUUCCAGGUGGCGCUGGUGUUCGGCAUACACUUCUGGAUGUUCUUCAUCCUCCCCGGGGUCACGGAGAGGAGGUUCAACAGAAACUCUAUUGCUCAGCUCUGGUACUUUGUCAAGUGUAUCUACUUCGGCUUGUCUGCCUAUCAGAUCAAAUGUGGCUACCCAAACCGCAUCCUGGGAAACUUCCUCACCAAGAACUUCAACUACCUGAACCUCUUCCUCUUCCAAGGGUUUCGUUUGGUUCCCUUCUUGACGGAGCUGAGGGCCGUGAUGGAUUGGGUUUGGACUGACACCACUCUGUCUCUCUCCAGUUGGAUUUGUGUUGAAGACAUCUAUGCAAACAUAUUCAUCCUCAAAUGCUGGAGGGAGUCCGAGAAAAAAUAUCCCCACACUCAAGGGCAGAAGAAGAAGAAGGUGGUGAAAUAUGGGCUCGGAGGAUUCAUCAUCUUCGCUCUCAUCAGCAUCAUCUGGUUCCCGCUCCUCUUCAUGUCGUUGGUCCAGUCGGCUGCCGGAGUGACCAAUCAGCCGGUGGAAGUCUCCAUCCAGCUCAGCAUCGCAGGAUAUGAGCCUCUGUUCACCAUGAGCGCUCAGGAGAAGAACUUGGUUCCGUAUACAGAAGCUGGAUUCAACAGACUCACCAAGGUCUACGCGACCCAUCCAUCCGCUAUGCAGUUCAUAAUGAAAUAUGUGGUGGACGACAUUGUUGUUGCUAAGAUCAAGAGUGAUGCCAGUCUGCUGUGGAGCAUCAGCCCGGCUAGUCGAGCGGCCAUGAUCCAGGAGCUCAGCAACUCCUCUUAUAUAUACAUGACCUUACGCUGGACACUGCUCAGGGAUCCGUCCAUAUCAAUGAAUGCAGAGACGGUGGGAGAACACACCGUGAAGUUUGAGGACAAGGCCUUGAGGGAAGGGAUUGUCCACAUGCUGAAAGGCAACAGCAGCAAACCUUUGAUCAUUAAUUCUCUGCUACCAAAGUUCAUCAGGGGUCCCAAAGGACCAGAGUCCAAAAUGGCAACCAGGAUGACAGUCGCGCACUCGGACCGUACAGACCUCCAGGCCCUGGCUUUCUUCAGGCCCAUGUCAGUCCAACUUCAACAGAUCAACGGAGGGUCAGACCAGUGGUGGGUGGUGGAGGAGUGCUCCCCUGUUCUCGCCUUUUCCAACCACAAGUGUCACAGCAUCGAGAUAGUGGUGUUAAGUGACAAAGUCAGCCCCUCCAGCCUGGGCUUUCUGGCUGGUCACGGCAUCGUAGGCCUGUACAUGUCGGUGGUGCUGGUCAUCGGAAAGUUCGUCAGGGAGUUCUUCAACGGGAUCUCCAGGUCCAUCAUGUUUGAGGAGCUCCCGUGUGUGGACCGGGUCCUGAAGCUCUGCACGGACAUCUUUGUGGUCCGCGAGACGGGAGAGAUGGAGCUGGAGGAGACGCUCUUUGACAAACUGAUCUUCCUCUACCGAUCGCCAGAGACAAUGAUCAAGAUGACCAGGGAAAAGAAGGACAGCUAGGGUUUGGUGGAGUACCAUCCGUUAGUACGGGACAUGGAGGGUGAAAUGACGCCUGUGGAUGUGUUCACACUAAACUCCCAUCACUCAAAAUUAAUGUUUCAACAUGAGUGCAAUUAAAAUGGAAUUUGUUGCAAAUGGAGCAGCCGGGGGAACUUGUGAUUUAUUAUCCAGUUGUAAUUAAGAACCCCGCUGAAGUGCCGCUGAGCAAGAGUUAAGAUUCAGACUAAUCUUGACCUCUGACAUACAUGGAAAGGGAAAUCAGAGAUCAGCGUGCAUAUAAAAAUGGACAAACAGUCAUACUAGAAGAAGUAUUCAUAAAUACAAAAACUAUUUCCCUGGUUUGCUUGUAGUUUUAUUUAGCUCAUUAAUCUGGAAUUCACUUGUCAUGAUAGUUUGUUUACGGACAUUGAUUAAAUUCAUGCUCUAUCGUGUGCCUGCAUCAUACACAAUGACAUGUCAAAGUAAUUUAGAAGGCACUAAAAAAAAAUUAAAGAACUGCAGUUAAAACAAAUAAAGUGCUGCCACUUAUUUGCUGUGGAAUACUUGUUUUCCAGUCCACUGGGAAAUGCAUGCAUUUCUAAUGAUUUUGGAUUCAGAU